UUUCUAAAUGACUCGACAGUUUCUAAAGAAGAGCACUAUGUGUAGGAUAUAAAACAAUGACUUUACACACCCUACCUAGCGUACUUUGUGAAAGACAGACAGCGAUUUGGCAUGCAACCGUUGAGAGUCUCGCUGUGUAGCAUCAUGAAGGCGGCUUGGGAAGCGCCGUUUAACAAACUGCAAGAUUAUAAUUAUUUUUAAAGAGUGAAAACUCACCAGAAAAGUCGAUGAAUCUGGACGCAGUGCUUAAAUAAACAUUUGUGCCCUGCAGAAUGUCCAAGAUCAGGCGGAAGGUGACAGUGGAAAACUCAAAGACAAUAUCAGAGAGCAGCAGCAGUACAACCACUCCAUCUCGCAGGCCCAGCGUCUUUGAGAGACUCGGACCCAGUACAGGUGGUAAUGCCACAGAGCAAACCCAGUGUAGAAACUGGUUGAAGACAGGAAAUUGCAGUUACGGCAACACUUGUCGCUACACGCAUGGAACAAGAGGCAAGAGUUUUUCUGGCGGGCUUAGCAGGUCAGCUGAGAGGCCCACUGGUGAUCUUCGGGAGAGGAUGAAAAACAAAAGACAUGAUGUAGAUGCAGACAGUCAAACCAGAGAGCAAGACGAACCUACUUUACUCACAUUAAGACAGAAAGAUUCAUCCCGAAGCAGACACAGAGAGAAAGAGGAUAUAAAGAUCACUAAAGAACGAACUCCAGCCAGUGAAGAGGAAGCCCAGGAGUGGGAAGCCAAUCGAGAAGACUCAGACAACGGUGACUACGAUUACGAGUUAUCCCUGGAGAUGAAGAGGCAGAAGAUCCAGCACGAGCUUAUGAAGCUUGAGCAGGAGAACAUGGACAAACGAGAAGAGAUUGUCAUUAAGAAGCAGGAAUCGAUGACCAAGACCAGCAGCACUUCCAAAGAGAAGGGAUCUCCUGAGCGCUCCAGUUCAAAGGACUCACCCAUAUCUUGCAAAUCUAGCAGCUCUCCCAAGAGAAAGCCCAGUGGUUCGCCUAAACGAAAGUCCACUGGGAAGAGCAGUGGCUCCAGCAAAAAGGAUAAAAAAUUAUCCACCUCAUCAGUCCUGUCCUCCCCUGUGACAGAGCAGAGCAAAGCAGAUGAGACAGACAGCAGAUCUUCCAAGAGUGGACAUGGCAAGAAGAAAGGGCCACGGACACCCAGUCCCCCUCUCUCUGUGCCCUUAGACUUGCCUACAGGGGGCAAAAAACAUAAAGGUAAACACAAGAACAAAGAGAAAAAUGAGGACAAGCAGAAAGAGGGCAAGGAGCGGGGCAGGGACAUAGACAAGCACAAAGAAAAGAAAGAAAAACGCAGGGACCGCUCUGACAGCUCCCACAAAACAAAGCGAGCUUUGACCUCAGAGGAACGUUCUGGUAGUGUAUCGUCUCCUUGUCGAGAGGUCUCACCCCAGACAAAGAGGAAGUCUGUGUCCCCCAAACCUGCAGCUCAAAAGCAGAGUUCACCACAGAGAUCCUGUACUCCACCACGUCAUCAUAGGAGCCCCUCUCCACCAUCUCGCCCUCACCAAUCCCCCUCCUCUCACUCUAGCUCUUCCCAUCAACGGCACUCUCCCUCCCCUCGUCACUGCCGGGGUUCUACUUCUCCAUCCUAUCAGCGAGAUCUCCCACCCUUGACGUCCUCCCCCACGAUUACCCAGACCUCACAUCGUUCUCGUUCCCAUUCACCCACCUCCCCUCAAAGGUCCAGCCCAGCCUCCCGCCACCACUCACAGGGUCGGGAGAGAGAUAAAGGAAGAGGGGAGAGGGAAAGAGAAAGAAGUCCUAUCCACGACAGACAUCAUGAACGCAGAGAAGAGAGCCGCGGGAAGCGAGAGAAAGAUAGCGGGCGUGAAGAUCGCAGUUAUGAAGCUGAUCAAAGUUCCUCAAGAGAUGAUAGAGAGACAAGAGAAAGCCGAGACCGUCACUCUGACAGAGAUCGUCGUUAUGCUCGUGAUGACCGUCAAUACCGCACUGGUGAACUCAAAGAAGCAAGGGAUGCUAGAGACCGGUCUGGCCGAGAAACCCUGGAACACAGAGAAAGAGACCGGGACAGGGAGAGGGAGCGAGAAAAAGACAAAGAGAGAAAUGACUCUCACAGAAAGGAGGAUGUAUCGGCACAGGAGGAAAAAAGUUAUGGAAGAGGACAUGGCAGAGAGGAGGACCGCAGCGAGAGAAGGACAGAAAGCAGAAAUGACUCCCGAACAGAACGAAUGGGAAGAGGACGAGGACGAGCGGCAGAAACUGGUGAUAAAGGGUCAGCUCGCGGAUCUCGUUCUUUACAGGGAGAAGGUGGUGGGCAGGACGGAUGGGAGACUCGCAGCCAAAGAGAGAAAAGCUCUGAUAGAAAUGUGGAGAGAGGGACAGAGCGUGAUCGCCACGAUGGUGACAGGCAACGUGGAGAGCAGGUCAAAGACUCCUCUUAUGAUCGGCGCGGAAGUCAGGCAGACCGAGAUCGCCGUGACCAUAGGGACAGAGCAGAUCAGAGAGCGGCCUCUCCUGGCCGCUACCAAAGCCGCAGUGACGAAACGGAGCAGGAAGACCGGAGAGAUGUCAGACGAGAGGACAGGGGCCGGGAGCGAGACAGAGACAGAGAAAGGGAGCGGGAACGAGAAAAGGAUAGAGAAAGAGAGGUCGAGAGAGAGCGGGACCGGGUCAGAGAGAGAGACCGGGAAAGAGAGGAACGAGAAAGGGAGAGGGAGGAAAGAGAGAGGGAGGAAAGAGAGAGGGAGAGAGAGCGGGAACGAGAGAGGGAAGAACGGGAGAGAGAGCGAGAGGAGCGUGAAAGGGAACGGGAACGUGAGCGAGAACGAGAGAGAGAACGGGAGAGGAAGGAAAGGGAGCGAGAAAGGGAGCUCAGAGAGAGGGAGAGGCAGAGAGAAUGGGAGGAGAGAGAAAAGGCCAGGGAGGACAGGAGAGAGAGGAGAGAGGAGACACGUGAUGAGCGUUCCAGCCGGGAUGGUCAUGAGGACCGAAAGAAUGGUGGCCGUAAGAGGCACCGUUUGGACACUCCCAGUCCCCGACCCUCUCCUAAAAAAGCACGAGAUGGCAGCCCUAUUGACAGUGAAGGCUACAACAGUGCGGAUGAGAAAGGUGAUAAACAUAGGCUAUUGAGCCAGGUGGUGCGUCCUCCUGAGCCAAGUCGCUCACCUACAAGAACAUCCACUGAUGACAAAUCCACCCGUUGGAGGGACAGUGACCGACGUUCUGAUAAGAAAGAUGUCCGUGGUCGGGUUGAAGAGGUUGAGUCUCGAAGCGAUCGGAGUUCAGUUCGAGGGGCGGAGCGUCGUGGAGAUCAUGGUCCAGAUGCAACUGCUUCCGAGUCUAGACGGGGUAAAGAACAGAGAGACGUCAGCCCACCUCCUACCUCUGGGGGUGCUGAGGGACGAGACUCCACUUGCGGUGGUCAAGAGGAGGGUAAGAAGAAACACAAAUCUCUGAAAAAAAACUUAAAGAAAAACCGUAAAGAUGAUGCGAGUGCUGGUGCAAGCGGAGACCGCUUCAACACUGAGCCUUCUGCACCUCUUGCUUCCUUCUCUUCAGCUGCCUCAGACACCCUGCGCCCACUUAUUUCCCCACCCAAACCUGGCAAAAAGAAAUGCCCAGAGCGUAAGCGCAGACGUUCACGAGGUGCUGAAUCAGAUCAAUCUGAAGAUGAACAGCCAAUGGGCAAGAGGCGUCGUGGCCCACGGACACCUCCACCAAUCAACAAAGAAGACCUGCCUUCUCAGCGGGCACUACUCCCCGCUGCCCCACCAAUGAAGAUGGAAACCAAUUUUAGCGAUUGGUCAGAUGAGGAGGUCCCAGAACGCACAGAAACUUUAUCAGAGCGACCUUUAGAGCGUUUGCUGCCCCGUCGAAACCUUGCUCCUCUAUUACCUGACCCACCCAUGCUGAUGCAGAACCUCCCACUGCAGCCACUUCUGCCUCAGCACAUGUUGCGGAAACCUCAACAGGUUGACCCACAUCAGCAACGCAGUAGUAGCAUGGGAAGCAACCCAAGUCGGGCACCCUCACAUAGACUCCGAUCACCCUCUAAUGACUCUGCCCAUCGCGGCGAUGAUCAGGGGUCACGCUCACGGCGAGCGCAUAGACAGGGGGCUAAUUCCCGUGAUCGGGACAGAGAGAGAGAAAGAGAACGAGAGAGGGUGGCAACAGGUGAGACGAUUGGAGGAAGAGAAGAGAGGAAGUCAAGGAUCGACCAAUUGAGGAGAGGCGAACCAAGUCGCAGCACCUCUUCUGACCGGCAAGACUCGAGAAGUCACAGCUCUCGGCGGAGCUCCCCAGAGUCAGAGCGGCAGGGUCGUUCUCGUGCCGGCUCGUAUGACAGCCGUGAGCGUGACCAAUUUGAACGUGACAGAAGGGAUCAGCGGCAGGUGCAGAACCAGCCUCCACUGCAGCAGCGUGACUGGGAGCCAGAGCCCCGUGAGUGGUGUAGCCGAGGCCGGGAGCCCCUCCUUCCUCGUCCUGACCGGGAGCCAACAAGAGAGCGGGACCUGCGUGCAAUGCGCGAGAGGGAGCGACUUCUGCCAGAAGGGCUACUCUCACAUGAACGCCUUGAGCGUGAACGUGGGGAUAGAGAACGGGAUAGAGACAGGGACAGAGAGAGGGACCGGGAGAGAGACAGGGGUGAGCGUGAGCGCAUGCUGCCUUUUGACCUUCCACCACUAGGGGAGCCUAAGGGCAGAGUGGAGAUAAGAAUGGAGCGUGGAGACUAUGAGCCACUGCUGCCUAGAGACGUACUCAUGGACAUGGACAAACCCAGUUCUGCAGACGAACCACUUGUUCAAAUGGACUCAUGUGAGGCGGAAAAGAUAGAUAGCCUUGAUGAAGAUGAUGUGAAGGGAGAUGAUGCUCAGUCUGUGGUGUCAGGUGGAGAGGAGUAUGAACCCAUCAGUGACGAUGAGCUAGAUGAGAUCUUGGCAGACAGCCAGAGAAGAGAUGAUCAGCAGGAUGAAGAAAAAAUCCCAGGACCACUUGACGUGAUUGAUGUUGACUGGUCAAGCUUGAUGCCUAAGCCAAAGCAGGAGGCCCGAACACCUGGGGCAGCACUGCUCAGGUUCACUCCUGGUGCUGUGCUGCUGCGGGCAGGUGUCUCUCGCCGACUGGCUGGUCCUCAACUCCUUGCCCAUGUUAAAGAGAUCUGCAUUAAAGAGCUGGAUGAUGCUAAAGAUGUGGAAAAGCUGUUUGAGCAUGACCUGGGUGUAUUAAACAUGGCUGCUCUAAACAGGAGGAUGGAAAGGGCGAACCUUUUGCAGAACCUAGGGCUGUGCGGCAAGGCUCUAUGUGCACGCAGAGACAUUGCCAUCCGUAGACAACUCCUCAGAAAUGACAAGGGGACGACCAAGCAGAUCUACACCGGCACUCCAGUGAUAGACCAAGAGUUGUUGCAGCUCAGCGUGCGUCUCUUCAAGAAGAAAAUGCUUGGCGGCCAGGAAAAGGCUGACCCAGCAUCAAUAGCCAAUACCACAGCUGAGGUCUGUGUGUUGUAAUCCACUUCACUGAGCCACUCUGUGGAAACUAACCCCAUCACUCAAAUACUGAGACACUGUAAAUCAGUGAUAGCAACUGCACCAUAGAGACUGGAUGAUUGCUAGUCUAUGAAGAUACUGUAGGACGUCUGACAGGCAACAAACUUUUUUUUGUGGUAGAGAUGUAUUGAACGUAAUGGACAAUUUUAUUAAUAUUGAUCAUUUAUAAUUGAGUCGCUUUUGGUUUGUAUGUACUGCACAUUGUGUAGUAGGUGUGCAUUAAAGUGGUCUCAUUUGAAUUUUAUUGUGGUUCUAAUAGAUUGGGGUUUUUUUUUUUUUUUUUUUGGAAGUACCUGAACACAUCCUAAGCAAACAUAAAAUCGAUCAUGUCAUAAAAUGACACAAAUAUGUGUUAAACUUGGCAUUAUAAUCCAACCAAUCAAACCUCAACAGAUCCUGUGUAAAUACAUUGUAUAAAACCUCAAUUAUAUCAGGAUGCCAAUAAAAACCUGUUUUGCAUGUCUACCUGUCUACAGACACAUAUACAGUAGGACAAACAGCCGUACCUCCAGGACCACAGUAACAGUAAAACAAAAUACAGGAAGACAAUGUGUUAACAGUACCUACUACCAUCUACUAUGUUAUACAUGCAUAGCUUAGAAUGAUUUGACACCAAGACUUCAUGUAGGUUUUCUAACAGAUAUAAAGACAUUAAUAUUAGUUAAAAAUGCCUGUGACUAUUGUUGGUUGCUGAUGUGUGUUAAUUAAAUGUGUGGUAAUUAACGUUCCAGGUAAUUUAGCUAUAGUUAAUCUUAGGGAUAGUUGAUUGAGUAAUUGAUUACAAUUACUGACACUUUUUUUAGCAAAAUGUUAUUUCCACAAUUACAGUUCCAGCACAAAAUGACAUUGAUGUUAACCUUACCUUUCAUGUGAGUCAGAGCUAUUUACUAUGAAGACUUGAAUGAAGUGCUGAUGGUAUGGUAUUGCAAUAAAAGGUGUCCCAUCAAUAACUGAUGGAAACACUGAGGAAUCAUAAGA